UUGAGCGAAACUCGCCUCUUUCGUCUUACUCGUCUUCGAAGCUAAUUAGAAUCCUGACGAUCUCUCUCUCCCUCUCUAUCUCUCACUUUGUGUUCUUUGUGUCGCGAUCGGAUAUUUUUGAGUUGUGUGGUUUGAGGAUUGAGCAGUCAUGUUCUUGGUAGAUUGGUUCUAUGGCGUUCUCGCUUCGCUAGGGUUAUGGCAGAAAGAGGCUAAGAUCUUGUUUCUGGGGCUCGAUAAUGCCGGUAAAACCACCUUGCUUCACAUGUUGAAGGACGAGAGAUUGGUACAGCACCAGCCGACGCAGCAUCCAACAUCUGAAGAACUUAGCAUUGGUAAAAUCAAGUUCAAGGCUUUUGAUUUGGGUGGUCAUCAGAUUGCUCGCAGGGUCUGGAAGGAUUACUACGCUAAGGUGGACGCCGUGGUCUACCUAGUGGAUGCUUACGACAAAGAGAGAUUUGCAGAAUCGAAAAAGGAACUCGACGCACUUCUCUCAGACGAAUCUCUAGCCACCGUUCCAUUCCUGAUUCUAGGAAACAAGAUAGACAUACCAUACGCUGCAUCAGAGGACGAGCUCCGUUACCACCUCGGCCUCUCCAACUUCACAACGGGAAAGGGUAAAGUGAAUCUAGCUGAUUCGAAUGUAAGACCAUUGGAGGUUUUCAUGUGCAGCAUCGUCAGAAAAAUGGGUUAUGGCGAAGGCUUCAAAUGGCUCUCUCAGUACAUCAAGUAACUAAGACACACAAAGAGACUCCAACAGAUUGGCGUUAUUAUUAAUACCGUAAGCUUUCUAUGAAUCCCAGUUUUUUUUUGUAUUUUGUCUUUUUGCUUUUCUUCUUUUUUCCAUGUGUUGUAAGAAAUGUCCUUAAACGUAGCAGCUUCUCGUGUGUCUGAUCCUCGCCUGGUUUGUUUCUUGUAGUGAUUGUUUUUUCUUUUUACAUUGAAAGUUUGGUAAUUUAUAUUAUUAUUGAAAUAAGGGAAAAGUUUGGAUUAUAA